AUGGCCAAUACAGAGCUUAUCAAUACACUGCAGGAGGAAGUCAUCUGUCCCAUAUGCAUAGAAAUCUUGCAGGACCCUGUUACUAUCGACUGUGGACAUAACUUUUGCAUGAAAUGCAUCACUCAGAGUGGGGAGACACCAGACAAUUUACUCAAAUGCCCCCUUUGCAACAAAACUGUGAAGAGGGACACACUGAGGCCCAACUGGCUAUUGGUGAAUCUGGUGGAGAAAAUCCAAGCCAUGAGCCCUGUUGAGGUGCAUCCACAAAGGAAUGAUCUGAAAUGUCAGAAGCACCAAGAAAAGUAUCAUUACUUCUGUGAGUAUGAUGGGAUGUUUCUCUGUACGGUGUGUUGUAACUCCAAGGAACACAAAUCUCAUCAAUUCAGCUUGAUAGAAGAAGCUGCACAAAAGUAUCAGGAAAAAAUUCAAAGCGAACUGAAGGCCUUGGAGCAAAAGGCAAAGACAAUAGGAGAAGUGAACACACAAGGCAGACAGAGGAUCAAUGUCUUCAUGGCCCUGGUGGAGCAUGAACGACAAAGGGUCAUCACAGAAUUCAAGCACCUGCAUCAGAUCCUGAAUGAGGAGAAGAAGUUCCUCCUGUCACGACUGGCCUGGCUGAGUCAGGAAGGAGCCAAGGGAAGCCACCUCUUCGCCACCUCCACCGAGGCGCAGCUGAUUGCUCUCAAUAAGAUUGCUGAUAACUUGAAGGCCAAACAGCAAAUGUCGCCCAGUGACAUGCUCUGGGACAUCAAAGUCAUUUUAUACAGGAGUCAAGGGUUUCAGUUUCUUCACCCGAAUCCUGUUAAUCCGGACUUGGAGAAAAAACUCACUGAAGCCAAAUCAAGACAUAGCUCCAUCACAGAAAUCUUCAAGAAAUACAGAGAUAAUCUCCAGAGUGAUGGAAAGAAGGAUAAAAGCAGAUUUGUCGGAAGCAUGAAUGAGACAUUAAUGAAAAGCUGCAGUGGAACUGAACCAGCAUCACCACAUCCCCACCCAACUGGUCUAGCCAGGUCCUUGUCUACUCGGAAAGAACUCCCGCCACCUUUGCACCUGCCGCGAAACAGAAUGUCUUAUGUUGAGGUUCCUCGAAGCCGAAGCCGAAGCCGGGACAGCUCUAAAAACACAGGGAGCACUGGCCCCACCUGGAGGGAGGAGGUCAAGGUUCUAACCCCCGUGGUUCUGGACGCAGCCUCGGCCCACCCGAGCCUAGUCCUUUCUCAGGAUCUGAAGAGAGUGAAGCUGAACUCUGCCUACUCUCUGGAUGCUGAGGAGCCUGCUGAUCCAGCAAGCUUCUAUCCAUUCCGCUGUGUGUUGGGCUCACCGGGUUUCUCCUCCGGCCGCCACGCCUGGGAGGUGGAGCUCCAAGGCCCGGGGGGCGGAGCCUGCGUGGUGGGCGUGGCCUCAGAGCACGCGGCGCGCAGGGGCUUCCUGGCGAUCGAGCCCAUGGCGGGCUUCUGGUGCUUGCGCAUCGUGGGGUUUGAGUGCCAGGCGCUCACCGAAGACAACAUGCGAGAGGUGCUUCCCUACCGCCUGAACAGAGUGGGUGUCUGCGUGGAUCAUGAUCGUGGGGAAGUCGCCUUCUACGACACCUCCACAGGCAAACACAUCUAUACUUUCCACGCUUGCUUCCCGGGACAGAUCUUCCCAUUUUUCCGCAUUCUGUUUUCUGAUACCCAGAUCACCCUGAGCCCCUAG